UUCAAGCCGAGAAUCUCGUCCCCUCUUGACUAAAACCCUCAUUCCUCGGUGCUUCCCAGCUCAAAGAUGACAGGAGAAGUUGUGAACCCCAAAGCGUAUCUGCUUGCAGAUUCUCAGUUAUCGAUAACGAUUCUUGACCUCAUUCAGCAAGCUGCUAACUACAAUCAGCUCAAGAAAGGUGCUAACGAAGCUACGAAGACGCUUAAUCGUGGGAUCAGCGAGUUUGUGGUUAUGGCCGCAGAUGCAGAGCCUCUAGAGAUUCUUCUUCAUCUACCCUUACUAGCUGAGGAUAAGAAUGUUCCGUACGUCUUUGUGCCUUCAAAGCAAGCCUUGGGAAGAGCAUGUGGUGUAACAAGAUCUGUUGUCGCGUGUUCAGUCACAUCAAACGAAGGUAGUCAGUUGAAAUCACAAAUCCAGCAGCUCAAGGAUGCCAUUGAGAAGCUUCUUAUCUAAAAAAAAGAAAGAAAUAAAUCUCGAAUUGGUUGCUCUGUAUGAUGUGAUCAAAACCCAGCUUGUUGUAACUUAUGAUAAUGACAUCACAUUGAUACACUUAUCUGCUGUUGUGUUUCUUGUAUUGGUUUUGUUGCUA